AUGCCGGUGGAGAUUGACGUCAACUCCUCCGUCCUCGACGACGAUUUCAUCGGCCACCUCCUCGGCCUCAUUCCCCUCACCAGCGACGACGCCAUGCCCGUGCGCUUCUCCCGGGACUGCGACGCCUGCGACGGCGAUGGCUCGUGCGAGUUCUGCUCCGUCGAGUUCUUCCUCAGCGUCCGCUCCGACUCGGACCACACCCUCGACGUCACCAGUGCCGACCUCCACACAACCAACCCCCGCGUCUGCCCCGUCGACGUCCCCGCCAAGGCCCCGUCGUCCGCCGAGCAGAAGUACUCACUCUCCCUCCGUAUCAUAUUCUACUCGACCUCGUUCCCACCUUUUAGUAUAUCAGAUCGUAAACCCUAGACCCGACUUUUUGUGUUUCAUGCUUAAACCCUUAAACCUACGAAAAGAUUUUAGGAAGAUGCGGGUGGGACGCCUAAUGCAAAUGAUAUCGGUUUGGAUUGAACGUCUUGAACCUCCCAAGUCUUGGAACCCUAGUUCUAUGCGCCGCUCCUUUUAUGUAGUUCAUCAUUUUUGCACAGUGUUUUGCAUCACAAUGUCUGCGCUAUACGUUUUCCCAUCGUUAUGUCAUCGAUGGACGUGACAAAUGAUAAGCUGUUUCACAGCUAAGUGAACGAGUAGGCACGUUUCCUGUUGAUUGGUGUAUUUAAGCUCUGUGAUCCUUUUCUGUUGGGACUAUUGUUCUGUAUUGACAGAUCUUAAAAUCUGGGUUUCAUGGACAGGAAAGGGAUAGGGAUGCAAAAGCUUUCCGAUAGAUAUAAACCAUUAUGU